CUGUUAUUUUGACUUUUCAUAUUUUUUUCUCGCAAAAAGUCCAACCACAAAAAAAUAAAUAAGAAAAAUUAUUUUUAAAAAUGUCAAUAUUAAAGAUUACCUCGUUAAGAAAUAAAUUUUCCAUCAAACAACUCACAAAAUACUCAACCGCAGUAACAGAAAAACCAACUGUACCAGAUCCAGUCAAAACCACAAUCUUACAACGAUGGAAAAUCUAUUGGAAAUCACUUGUCAACGAUUAUACGGAAGCUGGCAAAGGUGCCUUCCAAACAGCUAAAGAAAAACCCUUGCGAACAUCUAUACUAACAACUAUUGGACUUGCAAUUUACUUCUCUGCUAAGAACAAUCCCGAUGAACUUUCACUAAUGACCGAGAUCAAAAACAAGAACGGUGAAAUUCUAAUGGUUCACGAGUCUUGUCAACGUGCAUCGUCGGCCGAACAUUUAAGAAUGUUAGAACAGUCGAUGAAUCAAAAAACUCUGCGAGUAACUAAUCUAGGUGUCAUGACAAUAGUGUGGCUCCAUGAUUUCAGCAGUGAUUUGUGCACAUACAAAGCCAUUUGCAAAUGGCUUCAACCAGAAUACACCACUUUCCAUCAACGAAUCAUUGAUGUGGGAUUCUGGAACAAAUGGUGGAACCUUGAAAGCAAAAUGACUGAUUAUGACAUCGUCGAAACUCAAUCUUAGGUUUAGAUUAAAUAAAUAAAUACAAAUCCAGUUGAA